GGUGGAGUGCGCGGGCGGAUGGCGGCGACCACCACCGCCGGGAUGGGCAGGCUUCUGGCUCUGUGGCUGCUGGGGCUCACGGUGCCCGCGGGCGCGCUGGCCGGAUACAUCGAGGCCCUCGCAGCUAAUGCUGGAACGGGAUUUGCCGUGGCCGAGCCUCAGGUUGCCAUGUUCUGUGGUAGGUUGAAUAUGCAUGUGAACAUCCAGACCGGGAAAUGGGAACCAGACACUUCUGGAACCAAGAGUUGCUUUAGAACGAAAGAAGAAGUUCUCCAGUAUUGUCAGGAGAUGUAUCCAGAGCUUCAGAUCACCAAUGUGGUGGAAGCCAACCAGCCAGUCAGCAUUGACAACUGGUGCAAGAAGGGCAAGAAGCAGUGCAAGGGCCACUCUCUUAUCGUCAUGCCCUUCAAGUGCCUGGUGGGAGAGUUUGUAAGUGACGUACUGUUGGUUCCAGAGAAGUGCAGGUUUUUCCACAAAGAGCGGUUGGAAGUGUGUGAGUCUCAUCAGCAUUGGCAUACAGUGGCCACAGAGGCGUGUUUGACCCAGGGCCUGACCCUGUAUAGUUACGGCAUGCUGCUGCCCUGUGGGGUGGAUCGGUUCCAUGGCACAGAGUACGUGUGCUGUCCCCAGACUAAGACCGGCGACACCGUUCUCUCGAGGGAGGAAGAGGAGGAGGAGGAGGAGGAGGACGACGACGAUGACGAUGAUGACGACGAGCAGGGUGAAGACGAAGAUUACGAUCUUUAUAAAAGCGAAUUUCCUACCGAGGCAGACGUAGAAGACUUUACAGAAGCAACCGUGGAAGAGGAUGAAGAGGAGGAAGAAGGGGAGGAGGAAGAAGUGGUGGAGGAUCGUGAUUACUACUAUGAUAGCUAUAAAGUGGAUGACUACAACGAAGAGACCCCGACAGAGCCCGGCAAUAACAGGGCCAUCUCUGACAAGGAAAUCAGUCAUGAUGUGAAAGCUGUCUGCUCCCAGGAAGCGAUGACAGGGCCCUGCCGGGCCGUGAUGCCCCGCUGGUACUUCGACUUCUCCAAGGGAAAGUGCGUGCGCUUUAUAUAUGGCGGCUGCGGAGGAAACAGGAACAAUUUUGAGUCAGAGGACUAUUGUAUGGCUGUGUGUAAGACGAUGAUCCCCCCGACCCCGUUGCCGACCAAUGACGUGGAUGUGUAUUUUGAGACUUCGGCAGAUGACAACGAGCAUGCUCGCUUUCAGAAGGCCAAGGAGCAGCUGGAGGUGCGGCACCGUAGCCGCAUGGACCGGGUGAAGAAGGAAUGGGAAGAAGCUGAGCAUCAAGCCAAGAACCUCCCUAAGGCAGAGAGGCAAACCCUUAUUCAGCAUUUCCAGGCGAUGGUUAAGUCUCUGGAGAAGGAAGCCGCCAGCGAGAAACAGCAGCUAGUGGAGACCCACCUGGCUCGCGUGGAGGCCAUGCUUAACGAUCGCCGCCGAAUGGCCCUGGAGAACUACCUGGCUGCGCUGCAGGCGGACCCUCCGCGGCCUCACCGAAUCCUCCAGGCCCUGAAGCGGUACGUCCGAGCCGAGAACAAAGACCGCCUGCACACCAUCCGUCACUACCAGCACGUGUUAGCUGUUGACCCAGAAAAGGCCGCCCAGAUGAAAUCCCAGGUGAUGACUCACCUCCACGUGAUUGAAGAGAGGAGAAACCAAAGCCUGUCUCUGCUCUACAAAGUUCCUUAUGUGGCCCAGGAAAUCCAGGAGGAAAUCGAUGAGCUGCUCCAAGAACAACGGGCUGAUGUGGACCAGUUCACGGCGUCCAUCUCGGAGUCUCCGGUGGAUGUCCGGGUGAGCUCUGAGGAGAGCGAGGAGGUCCCCCUGGUGGAAGGCAAACCUUUCCGCCCAUUCCAGGUGAAAACCUUCCCAGCCGCCCCAGAGAAUGAAGACAAGCAGCCGGAAUUGUACCACCCCAUGAAAAAAGGGUCUGGAAUGGCGGAUCUGAAUGGACUGAUUGGUGCCGAAGAGAAGGUCAUCAACAGCAAGAGCAAAGUGGAUGAGAAUGUGGUCAUCGAUGAGACCCUGGAUGUUAAAGAAAUGAUUUUCAAUGCUGAGAGAGUCGGGGGCCUUGUGGACGAGCCGGAGUCAGAGGCUUCUAUGCGGGAGGACUUCAGCCUGAGCAGCAGCGCCCUCAUCGGCCUGCUGGUCAUCGCCGUGGCCAUCGCUACCGUUAUCGUCAUCAGUCUGGUGAUGUUGCGGAAGAGGCAGUAUGGCACCAUCAGCCACGGCAUCGUGGAGGUUGACCCGAUGCUCACCCCAGAGGAGCGCCACCUGAACAAGAUGCAGAACCAUGGUUAUGAGAACCCAACCUACAAAUACCUGGAGCAGAUGCAGAUUUGAAGGAGAAGGGGUAGCCCUCCUCCCGACGGGAAGGGGCUGGCGAGAGGCGGGCCGAGAGUGGUCCAGUGUUUUGGAUUGACUACUGACCAACAGUUGCUCCGAGAGGACUUCAUCUUCCAUUCAGAACUCCUGGAUCAUUAAGACUAUAAGUACUACUGUAGAGUUGCAAUUUCCAUUCUUUUAAAUGGGUGAAAAAUGAUAAUAUAACAAUAUAUGAUAUAUAAAUCUUCUUAAAUGAAAAAAAUCGAUCUAUUACAGAUAUUUGAGUGAUAGCUUUUCUUUUGUUUUUUUAAUUAAUCUGGAAAUCCAGUUCUGUUGUAUCGUCUCACAAGAGCUCCCUCUAAAUGGAAGAUGUUGAUUUUGUUUUUCAUUUUUUUUUCAUUUCCAAUAGUCUGCUUAUUAUAUGAAGGUCGUUUGUAUCGACUGCAUUAUAAAAAAAAACAACCAAACCCACUUGUAGUUCAACUGUCAUUCUGGCUUUUCUAUAUAAAGCAGUGUUCCUUUUUUAAAUGAACUAGGGGUAGUCGCAACAAGAUGCAGUGGGAAUAGGAGCUAUGACGCUUGACCAAGGAAGCAAAAAGCUGUGCUACUUUCUCAUUUCUCUUCCAAAAGCCUGUUUUCUUAAAGGUCUGGAGCACCCACUGCUCGGACCCCUCAGCAUCUCCAAGCUGGGCCAGUCAGCCUCUCGCUCCAAGGUCCUUUAGGUGCAUGAUAUGCCCAGCCUUGGGGGGAUUGCGGGUGGGGGGAGGGGGAGCAGAGCAGCUUCCCCUCUAAAUCCAGUCCAACCAUCGGAGUUGGAGAGGUGCCUAUGUUGGGGUCACUGGCAGAGCCUCUUCCAAUGCCCACUGGGCUUUUCCAGCUCAUCCUCCCCACCUGCCUAGUGUCCAGUGGAUUGUUUUUUUUUCUUUACCCCAGACUAAGCUUUGGUCUUCCUGCCUCAAAGGCAUUUGUUUUUUUUCUCUCUCCCCUUCCGACCCUACCCUUCUGAUCCUUGUCACCAGCUGUUCCACCUAGAGAACAGGACAGUGAAUGGGGGAGAGCAAGGGAACAUGGGAUUUUACUUUUGUUUGAAAAGAGGGUACUGAGUCUCUUACGGAAAACUGGAUCUGUAGACACCAUGGAGAGCAGUGAAGCUUUUUUGUUCCAUCCGCCAUCCUGUCUUUGUAAUGCUUGUAUAGUUGAUGUUGAUGUUCAUGGCUUUUAAUUUUUUUUUUUUUUAAAUCUGGAGGUUCUGGUAACCUGUGGUGUAUUUUUUUUUCUAUUUUCUUGUGACUUUGGUUUCCUCCCCUCCCCCAUCCAUGUCUCUCCCACUAUGCACAGAUUUAACUUAACCUGCAAACUCCUUAGUGUGGUCUGUGGGGAAUGUACAAAGUUUAAAACACAUCAAUAAACACUUUAACUUCCAUAGAGA